GCGGGUAUAGUUUUAGUAAUCAGUCGUAUCCUAGCCACUAGUGGUUGUGUCGCGUUGUUCGAUUUAUUAGGUUGUGAUAUUUUCUACGUGUAUUCGUUAAAUAAUUGUGUUAUUAAUUGUAUUCUGAACUAUGUUAAUGGUUUUUUAGAAAUAAAUGCAAUUAAAAUCAAUAAGUUGCAGCUCUACCAUUAUCAGCGUUUAAAAAUUAUUUUGGUUGUUGAUAUUUAUAAAUUAAGCAAAAUGUGAUGCUCUGAAGUUUUUUAAAAACCAUGGAUUCUACUACUACAAUCAUAAUUAAAACUUUAUUGCAUAAGUAUCUAGAUUAAUGAAUGAAGUUUUUCAGUAUAAUCAUACAAAGUGAUCUCAAACCUCAAAGCUUGGAAAAUAGAAUGACAAAAAAUAUGUCAGCAUUUCAAGUGUUUUUGUUAUUAAUUUCUCAGUUAUUGUUGGUAUUACUCUACAAUAGUGCAGUUAUUGUGAGUUCACAACAACUAGCUUGGACGCCAAUUUAUGUCGGAUCCAACAGUCAAGUGGAUUUAUGGACACAAAAUGCACAGGGUUGUCGAUGUAAUCAUGAUUUGACUAGAGAAGAUUGUGCUUGUUGUGUACCACGGGGUGGAUGUCAAUGCGGAAUUGUAGCACCUAACAGAUGUGCGCAAUGCGGUUUAGAACAAUACUGCUCAAGUAUGUGUAAUGUAACCCUUAAAGCAGACCUACUAUUAGCUCGUUCAAAUUCAACAUUUGGUCAAAUAAAAUCACCAGCUCUCUCUGGUCCUGAUUCCUGUUGGUAUACAUUAGAUCCAGGACACGAUAAACGCGUUGAGUUACAAGUUUAUAGACUAAUAAAUGCAGGACAUUUUAAUGGAUCAAGUUGCGUGUCGGGUUAUUUGGAGCUAAUAGAUUCAUUUGGUCAAGGAACAGGUCCACGUAUAUGUGGUCAAAAUGAACGAUUGACACCACCGGUAGUUAUGUUUUCCGAUCGAGAGUCAGCACUUUUAAAUUUUCGAAUUGAAGAGUCGACGUCUAGAUCACAAUUUUUGGCAUAUUUUAGUUUUACAUCUUUAACGAACAGUUAUGGUCUAUCUUUUAGACCAAAAGGUGGCAGAAGAAUAGAUCACACUACAUGUGAUUGGUUAUAUCAAGAUUUUUCUUGUAAGAAAGAUUCAUGUGUACUUGCUAGUCCAGGAUUUCCGGGUAUCUAUGGAUCUAAAAUUUAUUGCAAAUAUCAUAUAACAACAAGUUCAGUCCAUACUAAAGUUCGACUUCAAUUUUUAACAUUAUCAUUACCACUUAACAAUUGUGGCAGUCAUUACAUAAAUGUUUACCAAGGACCUACCUCUAAUAGCCCCUUAUUGACCACUGUCUGUGACAAAAGCAAAAAGGAAUACACAUUUCCUGGACCAAACGUACUGCUAGAAUUUAGAGCUGGAGAGGCUAUUCCACCUUAUGACUAUAGUGGUUUUGUAUCCACUAUUGAGUUUAUCGAUGAUGAAUCAAAAUCUUCUACUAGUACGAUUACACCAGUUGUGUCACUUUUUCCUAUAGUUUCUGUUUCGAACGAAUUCAAGUAUAACGAUUCAUGUGAAGUAACAAUUAAAUCAACUGAUACCAAAUCUGGUCAUUUUGAUUUACGGGGAUUACAAAAUUGGAAAACAAUUUGUACUGUUAGAUUUGUAGGAAAGACGCCAGAAAUAGUUCAAGUAUCAUUAUUCAAUUAUAUUUUGAAGAAUCCAUCAUGUCAAUCUUAUAUAGAAGUAUACGAUGGUUCUGACACAAAAUCUAAACAUAAAAUAAAAAAACUAUGUGGUCCUAUUGAAAAACAUGCUAGAGAUACAAAUGGGCGAUUUCUUGAAAGACAAAUGUUUAUUUCAAAAAAAUCAGAAAUGACUCUAAUAGUUCGAAGAUCAAUGGUAACGACACAAAAUGAAGAAAACGAAUUUUUGGACGGAGCUUACAGUUUCUUUAAUGAAUUAGAAAGAGGUACACUGCAACCAGAGACACUAUGUAAUGUUAACUAUCAUGGUCUAAGUAGCUCUUCAAUAGGAAAAUUAAAACAUCCUGGUACUGAACAAAUAUUUUGGAACGUUGAAGGACAAAUGAAAUGUUCCCAGAACUUAUUGCCAUCCGCCAACCAAAGUGUUAACAUUAAAAUUAUAUCUUUAAAUAAAUUAUCAUCUAAUCUAUGCUACACAGAAUGUGGAGAUGGAGGUUGUCGUUGCGUAAAGAAUUUAACUACAGUUGUUGAUCAGCUAUUAAUAACAUCUACUAAUGGUGACAUUUUAUCAUGUAUUUGUGGAGAUUUUCAAGCCGAGUGGUUACCCGUUACAAUUAAAUCAUGGUCACCAAUAAACUUGAUUUAUUCAGUAUCGAAAUACAGUUGGUCAAGCAAGGGAUUUGAAUAUUCAGCGGAGUACUCGUUUAAGGAUGAUACUGUAUGUGGGUAUCGAGAAAUUAAUCAGCAUACCGGAAUUAUCGAAUCCCCAAUUAUGAUUAAAGAAAGCCCUCUCAAUUUUUAUUAUCACCAAGAUUGCACAUGGCUUUUGAACUCUAAUGUUGAACGUCAUUUAACUAUUGAAAUAGGAAGUACUCAAAGCCGCCCGUGUUCAGCAUGGAAUAUAAGUGUACAUGAAUAUUCAGAAAAAACUGAUGAUCGAGCUGGUCUAGAGUUGUACACAUUUUGUUCAAGAGAAAAGAAUUCUACUAAUACCCUGCCUUGGCAAACUAACAUUGUUGUUAUAAAAUUAAAAGCCAUGACUCAAACACCACCUCAAUACUUUAUCAAAUGGAGAUCAGAAAUUGAUAAAAUUCGUUUAUCUGGAUCGACAGCACAUACGGCAGCAUCUAAUGGAACUCACAAAAUUAAUUCAAUUUUACUAAACAUUUUUUUUUGUAUUUUCGCUCUAUUGAUUAAAAGUUAUUAAACAACUGAGAUUUAAAUUUAAUUAGAUUAAGUAUGUAAAUAAAUGUUUUCAAUUUUAUGUUAUGUAGAUAAGUAACUCUAGACAAUAGUA